AUGUCUACCAUCGCAAGGGCCGGUAAACGGCUGCUAAUUGCAAUUGGCGGUAACAGUAUAAUCAAGAAUCCGAAAAAGACAUCAAUUGCAGAGCAAGCAGAGACCAUCAAGGUCACGGCUAUGAAAAUAGCCACACUGGUGACGCAGAGAGGAUAUGAGGUUGCGAUAACACAUGGCAACGGACCACAG